GGCUCCAGGGUGUCUUGUCGGGGGCGCAAGCCCCGCCGCCCCGACAUCCCUUGCCUUCAAGCCGUGGCCCCCCUGUUGGGGCGCCCGGUGCACGUCGAAGGCUGGCCUGGCAGGCGAGCUCGCCAUGCUGGGCCUGCUGGGUAAUGCUGUCCACAUCAGCAGCCUUUUGGCUGCCCUACUUUUUGCUGCUCAACACCAGCCGAGCGGCGCAACAUUGAAGGCCAAGCUCGUGUCCGAUGCCGUCCUUGCUGCAGACAAACAGAGGGACGCAUCCACACGGGCGAACGCGGUGAAGGUUGGUGAAGCAACCGUCGCCGAGAACAUGGAUUUCCUUACCAAGACGCUUUCGAGGUUUCAGAGCUUCGCCACGAAUGCGCAGCUUAGCGUCCAGACGAGGCAUCGCAAGGAGGAGCAACGCCUCCAGGAAGUCAUAGCCCAAGCCAGCGAUGCGAAUGUGAAGACGGCCUUGGAGCAGAGCGUCAAAUCGAAUAAGGACGCACUCGACGAGACUCAAGGCAUCUACACCAACAUUGUGACCUUCUCCAAUGACAUGCUGUCCAUGCUGAAGAAGACUUCCCAAUCAGGCAGCAGUUGCGACCAGCUCUCCUGCGGAGAGCACGCGUCUUGUGCAGACACACUGAAAGGUGCCAGCUGUGUCUGCGAUGAGGGCUACAUUGGCCUUGGCCAGGAGUGCCGCGCACCAAAGGAGUUCACGCCGCACCUGCUGCUGGGCGAGAAUGCCGCCCACGCAGCUGACAUCCACGUGGCUGCCUUCGACACCAACAAGGUGGCGGUGGUGUUCCGCGACGUGAGCCAGGCAGAUGCCGGCGCGUUGGUGGUGGGCACUGUGGGAGAGGCGGGGGCGCUAGAGUUGUCCCCCCUUGAGCUCUUCACUGCCCCAGGCCAAAAGGCUUUCUCUCCAGUGGUGGCCGGAACGGAUGGGCGCCGCAUUGCCAUCGCUUGGCGAGAUGGGCAGAGAACGGGCGGCUGCAGGCUGCGCGGCGCCGCCCUGGGCGCCUCCGGUAUCCGGGGCGCGGAGAUGGCAUUGUCUUGGGGGACGACGGUGGAUUUUUGCGGCGAUCAGGCCCACAAGAUGUCCAUCCAGCCCUUCGAGCAGAACCGCAUCAUGGUGCUCUAUUCCGACAAGGCAAGGGGAGUCACCACCGAGUCCUUCGGGAACUCGCUCCUGGCGGACAUCGGCAAUCUGGGCAACGUCUCGCUUCUAGGCAACUUCCGCUUCACAGACAAUGCCGUUGCCCGACUGGAGGCGACGAAGGUGGGCAAGAACAGCUUCGUCUUGGCAGCGAGGGCGUCUCCUGCAGUGGAUGACUUGAAUCCUCAGUCUUCGGUGAAGCAGGAGGCCAUGGCGAUGUACGGCGAGCUGGUGGGGGAGGAUUUGGUGUUCGACCCGAAUCCAGUCAACCUCGAGACAGCAGCGGGCCAGGUGUGGGCCCGCGGGCUGUCCCUCAUCGCGCCCAAUACCGUGGCCUACGCCUACCAGGAUGGCUCGAAGAUGCAGCUGAAGCUUGCAGUGCUCGACAUUGACCCCCAGACCCAUCGCAUGAAGGUCGUCCAAAACCCGGCCGCCAUUCGGGAGGGCUUUUCGCCAUAUGUCUCAAUGCUGUCGAUGCCAUACUCCGAGUCGGAUGCCUAUGCGCUGACUUACUACCAAGGUGAUAAGGAGGCCGUCAGCAUUUGCGCCUGGAAAUCUGCCAGACAGCGGCUGGAAAAUUGCGAGGACUUCCCGUGGCUUUCCCAGAAGACCUCCUCGGUCUCCGGCGUCAGCAUUGGAGAAGGUCGUGUGCUCAUGACUUUCGCAGUCUCGGGCACCCCGUACUACUCGGUUUUCGGCUUGUCCAAGAAUUGACAGUGAGAGAGGACCCGGACCUGAGCAAAGCCGUUUCCGUGGAGACGUGAGACGUCCCUGCCGUAGCUCACGCGCGUUGGAACA